CUUUCUUAGAGUUUGACCAUGCUGCAACCCAUGUUGCCGCUACAGCUGCUGUGAUAGCUGCCGUGGCAGCGGAGGUCAUGAGAUGCAGAAAGGAGCUUACGGAGGCCAGUCCUCCACCCCGGACACACCGACAUCGGUGGUCGUCUGGGGCUUCCGCGAGGAUGCCUUGCAGUUGCAGGGCUCCAAAGCCAUCGCAUGGAACGUCUUGGCCUUGGCACAGCCACCGCAGCUCGGUGAGGCGGCGGCGGUGCUCCACUGGAAGGUCCACCUGUGCUCGGCGAAGAGCCAAGUCAGUGACUGGGCAGUGGGCGACCGAAACACAUGGCGUAGCGUCCUUGCUGCAUCACGCAAUCCAUCAUCACCGACCUUGACGUUGCGUACUGGCAUCCUGACAUUGGAAGUCGAAGUGGCAAAAGGCGCUUGGCUGCCAGUGAGUUGGAGCAGUGCAAAGAUCGAGCUGCUGCAUGUUGCGCGGCCCUUUAGCAUUUGCGCAGCUCACAGGAGCCCAGACGCGGUGGAGCUCUGCAGCUGCCUCUGUCCCGAGGCCUAUGCUGCUUGCCUGCGCCAAACGCGGGAGGAGCCAAUCGUGGUCACCACGCCGGAGGAGUAUGCUGAAGCGUGGCGAGGCCUGGUGGAGGUGGAGGCCGCCGCCAGCGCGGUGGAGGAAGGCCUUGGGAGGCACUUGACCGACGUUUGGGUGGACUGGGAGGAGAGUGAAGGUGUCACCUAUGGCCGCUUUGAGGUGAAGGCAGCGCUCUUAUUCGCCCACAAGAUCAAGUUCCGCUCGGCGAUGCCGCUGGGCGAAUGGGGCUCCAGUUGGCUCUGCGUGAGGCGGCACCUCAAAGGCGGAGGUGUGCCCUGGCAUGGCCAUGGCGCGGUCAUCAAGGCCUCCUUUGAUGAGAAGGACUUGAUCUUCGCGGAGGAAGACGACACCUGGCAAGACAGCGGCUCCAGCCUUCGCAUCACCUUUCGGGUCAUCGCGACCGCGCCGCGCAGGAGUGGCGAGAAUGGCUUGGCCUCCGGCUACGCCCCUCCGGUGAAUGGGUUUUAUCUCUUGGAGCUCAUUCCCAAGGCACUUGCGGAGAGCUGUAUGGCCUUGGCUUUGGAGGAGCUGCCGCACUGUCCGUUAGUGCAACGUUUGGUCUUGGCCGGUCCCAGCGACGAAAGGUCGCUCGCUCCGGCGCCGGAGGUCGUGGAGGUCGCGGCGCUGCUGGACUCGUUGAACGACUCCCAGCGGCGUGCCGUGCACUAUGCGUUGCGGCAUCCCUUGGCACAAGUCCAGGGCCCGCCGGGCACUGGAAAGACGAUGACCACGGCAGUCUUAGCCACCUGCUUCGCCUGGCAGAACAUGAGCUCAGGCCCGAUCUGGGUUUGGUUGGCGGAGUGAUGGAUGUGGAGGAUUUUCGGUUCGUUUUUGUAGGAAGACUUAUUAUACCAAUACUAGCUAGCUCCAUAUGCUUGGUCAAAGUUGCUGAGUUUCAAUCUAUACAGUAAGUUAUUGUUAGAACACAGAGUUAUCGGCAAUAUCAAUUUUGAAGGUGUUUGCCGUGAUUUGCCAUUGAUCUGCUUGGCCGAUGCCUUAUCUGAUGCACCCGUUUCAUUGGUCUCAGCACAUCGUGUCUCCCAUUCCUUGGACCGUUGCCCUCUCAUCCCGAUCACAUCAUCGACUUUGAAGUGUGUCCAAAGGUGCGCGCUUUCACAGUUGCAGUUGAGUCCAUAUACACUAGCACUAUUGGUUCGUUGUUUGCUUGGUUGGUUAAUAGAGGGGAUACCCCCAAGUGUACAAUGAAUUGGUAAAUGGUACCUGUCGCUGACCCCAUGAUUCCCAGUUGGGCGAUCGGAAGACUUCUGUUUUCCUGGUUGGGCGAAUCCUCUCCUCGAAACUGAGGGCCCAAUUGCUGGACAGCACAAUCCAAGUCAUCGCUUUAUUCUUUGGGAUCACUUUUUCUUCCACCUGGGUUUCACCUCGGUGGAGCCAUUGCUACUAGGUUGGAGGCCAUUUCUAUUAUGAAAUGAAUAUGAAUCUUCCUUCUUCCACCUGGACUUCAGCCCUUGAACGCCCUCGUCGCUGUAGGCGAGAACCGGGCAGCGCCUUGGAGGGCGUUUUGGGUCGCGUUUGGGGUCACCAUCGAUCACGCUUCUCUGUUGCGCAGUCGUGUGUUGCGCAGCGGGGGAGUCCUUGUUGCGUUCCACCUCAAAAAGCUAUGUUCUUUGCCGUUGCUUUCGAUGCGGUUCCGUGUGGUCAUUCCCACCGUCGACCACUGUGGAAGCUUUGUUUUUGCAUCAAGCACUAGUGCAUUCUGUUUGGGGAUUCCUAUAUAGCUGAUGUUUUCAGGCUGGCGAAGCGGAUCAGUAGAUCAAGAGAUGUCCAAUUUAAAUCACACACACACAAUGCAGCGAGCAGGCUUUUCGGGAGCGUGAUUGAUCUCCGGAUCUAUUUGGUGUUUCGGGGUUUGAUCCACUCGGAGGCAACGCAAGCACCAGAAAAAAAGAUCGUCAGUAGAGCUCCAGAUGACCCUGUGAGAGUGCAGAGCUUACCCUGCGACCACAACGAAUGUCUGGUCAUACUAUUUGCCAACGCCUCAAAGCAGGGGAGAAGAGAUUAGUUAGUUAUAAAAAGCGACGGCUUUCUGAGGCCAGUGAUCGCAAGUUACAGCACAAAUUUGUCCUGGCUCUUCAUCGUAGGUUGCAUGCCACCAUAGAGCGGGCACAAAAACCACAUCGCCCGGCUGCUGAAGGAUUUCUUAUGCCGAUGCUUGGGUGACAAAUGUGAAAUCACUUCUGGUAACUGCCUCCUUUGGCGGACCUUGUGGUGGGUACAGCCACCAGCGCUUUCGACCUUGCUGGAGGGCCAACCAGACACCCCAGGUUUGUGGAAGGCUACUCCACUGCCACCUGGGCCUGUCGAGACAACAACCAUAGAACACCUCAUCCAAGCAGGAAUGGACCUCCAACAUUCACUUGGAAUACUCCCUGGCUCCAAAGCAUUUGCACCCAGCUGGCUGAAGCAAUUACCCUUGCCAGCACUGGAGGGAGCACUAUCAACUUUUAACUGGCUGAACUGGUCAUAACCCGGAUACCGAACCGUUGACCUGUUAGGUUGAACCACC